AUGGACAAGCCGUACAUGCAGCCUGGUCUGACCGAUGAGACUUGUGGGCACCCCCUGAUGCCCUCUAAGACGUCUAGGUCAGAAGAAUGCGUUGGGACUAAGAGGUAUUGCACGAAGGGGUUCUAUAAGGACUUUGGCGAGCAAUUCGACAGCGUGGAAGCGUGUCUUCAAUCCCGAACCACAGAACCAGAACCCGCUUUGGUCGGGCCAUCCGAGUCCGAUGAAGCCUUUUGCCCUGAGUCUCCUGCAGAGUCUGCGUCUUCUGUUGCGUCUAUCAACUCUACGCUUCCCAGUGAGCCUGCGUCUCCUGGUGAGCCCGCGUCUCCCAGUGAGCCCGCGUCUCCCAGUGAGCCCGCCUCUUCUGGUGAGCCUGCGUCCUCCGGUGAGCCUGCGUCUGAGCCUGCGUCUUCUGUCGCGUCUGUCGACUCUACGCUUCCCAGUGAGCCUGCGUCUUCUGUCGCGUCUAUCAACUCUACGCUUCCCAGUGAGCCUGCGUCUCCUGGUGAGCCUGCGUCUCCUGGUGAGCCUGCGUCUCCCGGUGAGCUUGCCUCUUCUGUUGCGUCUAUCAACGCUACGCUUCCUGUUGAGCCUGCGCCUCCCGUCGAGCCUGCGCCUCCCGCCGCCUCUGCCACGCAGUCCGGGCAGGCUGCUCACCCUGCUGCAGUAGGAUGUUCGAGUCGUCUUAAGAAACGGGGCAAGCGAUCCGCGGCUACGCUUUGGAAGAGGUGA